AUGUCAUUAUCAGCCACGACAAAAAAGAAAGAAAACUUAGGUACAAGCAGUGUGUAAACCCUAGCCACCGCCUACAUCGUAUUGCCUGCCAGCUCGUUCCUCUUCUGUAAACCCUAGGCGCUACCUCACCUUAAAAAAAAAACCAAAUCACCCUCUCCGAUCAAACUGCAAGAAUAAUAUAUAAGUUUCAUCUUUAUUUCCCGAGAUUGUUUUUCGCUGCUUGCGUACUUGUCGGCCUUUUUGGCAGUUAACACAACCCUUUUCCGCCGAUGAUUUCAAGGACAUCCUUGGUUCAGGUAUUAAUUAAUUAAUUAAUUAAUUAUCAUUAAAAGUUGGCACUCCUAGGCCCUGCUGAAACGACGACGAUCAGUAGGGUCAUGGGAGCCGAAGAAUUUGGUUACAACAUCAAGGAGCAGACAUUUAAUGAAAUGGAGGAUGAUGAUUUUAAUCAUUUCAGUGAUUCAGAGUUAGUCUACCAUGUUAGGGACGCUCUCAAUUCUGUCUCAUCGGGUGAUUGUGACAGUUAUAAUCAGCUUGUUGGGGUAAUGCACCAUUCAAAAGGACUUGCCCCUGAUGAGGUGGCACUGCUUGUGACAAGUUUAAAGGCGCUAUCUGGAGCAGUUUCUUAUAUAGAUAUUUCUCUUCAUGAAGCUCUUCUUUCUUCGAUUUUUGACAUGAACAUGUGGAACUAUGGACCUGAUGUGAUGGAUGCUUUGCUUGGACUAAUAAUAUCCUUGGCUUCUUCGAAUGGAAAAUAUGUUGAAUCAUGUUUGGAAAUGCUUGUGAGCAGUUUCACACCACCUUUCUCUUUCAUAGAUAUGCUGAAGCAGCCACGUGGUAUUGCCAAAAAAGACCAAGUUCUUUCUCGUGUGCAUUUAGCUCUGAAACACAUUGCUGAUUUGGUGCCUCUUGCUCCUUCAAAGCUAUGUCCAAUUAUUUCUCGGAAAAUGCCAAUCUAUGAGAAGGAACCUAUGGUGGUCGUAUAUGCAGAGAACAUGUUAAAGCUGGAGAGUGGUGCAAUUGGAGAAUUUGUUAGUAGCACUAUGCUUAUGGCAUUGAUGGAUACUCUCAUAGAUUUGGAUGUGGAUAUUGGAUGGGAUGGCAUUUUACAUGACGACUCUAGUAAAGGAAUAUUUCAGAUGGAGAUUGAAGAUAUGGAUGACUUUGCAGAUUAUGAUGAGGAAGAUGGCACUGAGGAUAUACUCUUACAGUUUCCAAGAGAAUUAAGUCGGAAGAGUUUGGGAGGAAACUCAACUGCUGAAAAAUUAGAUAGCCUGAUGGUGCUAACUUUUGAGCAUCUCAAAUCAUGUGAAGUCAGUGGCCGUUUGACUGAGGUCUUUGAACCUCUUUUAGACUCAUUUCGGAUUACUGUUCUUACUGCAUACAAGUCAAAAUUUGCUCAGUUUGUGAUGUUCUAUGCCUGUGCUCUAGAUCCUGAAAACUGUGGUGUGAGAUUUGCCGUGUUACUGGCAGAUAUUUUUGCUUGUGAAGACUACCCUCUGUCUUUCCGGAUGAGUGCUGUUGCUUAUCUGGCGAGUUAUUUGUCUCGUGGGAAUUUUCUGUCAGCUCCUUUGGUUGCUAGCAUCUUGAAAAGGUUGGUGGAUUGGUGUUUUGAAUAUUGCAACAGAAAAGGUGGUGAAAUGAACCCGACAUCCCAUAGACUUUUCUACUCUGGAUGCCAGGCCAUCAUGUAUGUUCUUUGCUUCCGAAUGAAAUCAAUGAUUGAUGUUGCUUGGUUCAAGCCGCAUCUUCUCCUUAUAGAGCAAAUCUUGAGGCAUAAAUUGAGCCCAUUGAAGGUAUGUCUGCCUUCUGUUGUAGAGGAAUUUUGCAGACAAGCAGAAGCAGCUCAGCUAUUUACCUCAUCUGAGGAAUUCAAUUUUAAUGACUUGCUGGAGUCAGAACAUUCUAGAGCUUUUGGUGGGAUGGAAAGGCUUGAUAUGUUCUUCCCAUUUGACCCAUGUUUGCUGAAAAAAAGUGACAGGUUCAUUCGGCCACACUUUGUGUAUUGGUCAAUGGUCAGACCUCCAUAUGAUGAUGAUGAAUGUAUUAGUGAUGAAGAUGUUGUUGAGGAAGAGCUUGAUCUUGAUGUGAGCAAAAUGUCUAUCACACCCCGGAAUCCAUUGAGUUAUUGGAUUUCAAAUGGAUUAGAAGAACCUAGAGGAAUGCCUGCAAGAAUUAGACCCUCAACAAGUCCGGAGUCUUUUUGAUGUCAAAACACUUUUUGUCUUUGACUCUUUUUGCUGGAAGAGAUGGAAACAAAAUCUACCUUUGCUCAUACUAAACAGAAGAGCAGGCUUCUAAAUAUGAAAGAUUGUUGCUCGGUUCACCUCGAAGGUGUGCUGCUCAGCUGACAGGAUGGUUUUGCCAUUACAAUUUUGGGCUAUAUAAUUGUGAUCUGACUUCCCUUUUUUUUUCUUCUAUUGCAAAUUGUAAAAUUAAUUGAAGAAGUUGAAAAGUCCUUGUUUGAUAAAUUUUGAGUUAGUUAUUAUUUAUUGUUUCUGUAUUGAUUGUAACAGAACACACAGUAGAGGGGAUAACUUAUUUCAUUGCGAUGCAUUGGAUCUC